AUAUAUAAUCAUUGUGCUGUUUCCAUAUCUAUAUACAAAGCAUUACACUGAUCAUUUUAAUUAAGACACAAGGCAAGCUCUUAAUUAAGUUGUUGGUAUAAGUGCAAUUUGUAUUGGUUGAUCGUUGAUAUGGCAAAUAUCAGAGGAUCAAUGAGCGAUUUGGAAGAGAGAUUACGGCCAUCGACACCCACACGCAUGCGCGUAAAGAUUGUUCCUUCAUCAGACUGGAUGGAGGAUUCCAAUGGUCAAUACCUUCUCGUUGAUCUCCCAGAAUUUAAAAAGGAGGAGGUGAGGGUUGAGGUGAAUAUCAAAGCCGGCCAUAUAACAAUCAGCGGAGAAAGGCAAGUGAACGAAAGGAUAUCCCAGUAUUUUGAGCAGAUUUUCACCCUUCCGCAACACUCAGAUGUCGAUAAGAUCACCGGAAAAUUUGACAGUGAGAUUCUAUAUGUCACCGUACCAAAGGUGGUAGCAGCGGUUGAAGAACAGAAGAAAGAACCUGAAAUAGAGAAUGAAAAUGUCCAAGGCAGCACCGCUGCUGCCACGGAACCUCCUCAAGUAGAGAAGAAUGAAACUGUGGAAGGCUUAAGACCCAAAGAUGAAGGAGAGCACUCAAAGAAAGUCGAUGGCACAAAGUAUGGAGAGAUUAAAAAAUUAUUAGGAAAUGAACACAUAUUUUUUUCAACAGAAAAUAUAGGGAAAUGGGAGGAGAAAGGUAGGAAUAUCGUAAGGAAUGCAAUGGACAUGUUGAGCAAAAACAAAGGGAUGGUUGUAACUGCUGUGGUUGCAUUUUCAUUAGGGAUGCUAGUUAAUCGUAAGUUCUAAUAAGCUGGAGAAUGAGAUGAUUAAGGCUAAUGAUAAUUGUUAAUUAAGUUGCUUAUACUUUCUCUAUAUCUCUUGUUUAUAAUCAUAGCGAAUGGUCGCUGAUAUUAAAUGUACAGAGUAAGAACUUCAACGAAUAAGAUGUAAAUUGGUUUACUA